AUAAUACUGCCAAAAUGACUGCAAGCCUGGAUUCACGACAACGAAGAGAUCGUUGAUCUCGUUGAUCCUGCGGCUGCUCGAAAUAUAUCAACAACGCAACCUAUAGUCGCCAUUAAUUCAAAAAUAGCAGUUAUAAAGCGGAAAGAUCCUGAAUUUAAGACUACGUCUGAUGGCCGUCUUAUUGUCAGAGUAGAAAAAGAUGAACCAGAACGCAAGAGAAAGAAGAAAUAUGCACUUUUGUGCAGUGAUUCAGAAGACGAUUGUGAAGAUGAUGUUCAGUCUGUAGCCAUGUCGCAAGCAAUGGAUAAAAAACGUAAAUAUAACGAUAGUUAUAAUAACGUUAGCGUAAGGAGUGGAUCUACAUUGAAGUAUCAAGCAGGAGGAUCUGGAAUAUAUCGACCAUUGAAAAAAUCAAGAACAGAAUGUAUACCAGGAGCGAAAUAUAAAGCAUCAAAGGCUGGAGGUGUUGUUAAAAAGGAAAGGAAAACCAGAUCCAUAUGCUUAUGUACCUUUGUCAAGAGCAGCAUUAAACAAAAGAAAAAAGAAGAAAAAUGCGAGUAAAUGUUUAUAACUAUAUAACUAUGAGAAAACUCGAAGCAGCCCGAGCGCAACUGCAUAUACGAGGCU